AUGGCAUCCAGUCCGCAGACAAUCCUCUACUUUGGAGAUCAGACAGACUCCUGGGCCGACGGCAUAGACCAGCUUUACCGGCAAGCUGCAACAACACCAUGGCUCCAAACCUUCCUCGACGAGCUGUGUCAGGCAGUCAAGGAAGAAUGCACAGGAAUGGACCGGGUUCUGCGAGACAGCCUCGGCGUCUACUCCAGUUUUCUUGAUCUCGCAGAUCGAUAUCGUCACACAACCGAUGAAGUGGGUAUGGCGCAUGCUGUCCUGCUGCACGUUGUGAGAGCAGCAAUGCUCCUUCAGUGGGCGGAACGAGAGCCGCAGCUCGUGAGCACGACUGGGUCCCAGCCUGUACCGCUCGGAGUCUGUGGGGGGCUGAUACAUCUCGGUGCACUGGCCAUUGCUACCGAUUUUGCAUCAUUAUAUGCCGCCACGCUUGAGAUAGCGAGGCUGUUUGUCAGACUGUGCAGGCUCACCUCUGUACGGUCAAGAGCGAUAGAGGACCGUCCUGGCACCUGGGGCUGGGCUGUACUGGGCAUGGCGCCGAACGAACUCCGAAAGGUGCUUGACCAGUUUCAACAGAGCAUGGGCAUCCCGCCCAUCAAACGAGCAAAGGUUGGUGUGACAGGAGACCGAUGGAGCACCGUCAUCGGACCACCGACGGUCCUCGAGCUCGUCAUGCACAAAUGUCCGGCAUUGCGUAAUCUCCCGAAGAAUGAAUUGAACUUCCGCUCCGCCCAACACGUCCUCACUGUGUCCCAGGCCGACCUCGACUACAUCGUUGGGACUUCAGCCAUGCUUGAAAGCCCGGUUCUGCCCGACUUCAAGAUGUGGGGCAUGGACGAGCCCGAAGCCACCUACACCAGCUGGGGAGAGCUUCUCAGAGCUAUGGCCUUUCAGGUGUUAUCGAAGCCAUUGGACAUCACGAAAGUCGUUGGCCAGCUCGUUUCCUGGCUGGGGCCACGCCACCUGGAUGUGAAGGUCGUUGGCCCUAGCAGCCAUACACCUUACCUGGCCAGUGCCCUGAAGAGCGCGGGUAGCACCGCCUCACUUUACAACGACAACUCCCUGGAACAAACAAAGCUCCCCGGCCCAGACCGCAUAGCCAUCGUAGGAGUAGCGGGACGGGGCCCGGACUGCAACAACAUCGAAGAAUUCUGGGACGUCAUCAUGUCGAAGCAGGACAAGUGUGAAGAGAUUCCCAAGGAUCGGUUUGACAUCGAAGAAUUCUACUGCAGUGAGCACGGGGACAAGUGCACGACGACCACGCGGUUCGGGUGCUUCAUGGACAAACCCGGCAACUUCGAUCCUCGGUUCUUCCGUGUAUCACCAAGAGAAGCGCUGUUGAUGGACCCAAGCCACCGCCAGUUCUUGAUGAGCGUCUACGAGGCUCUUGAGGUCGCCGGAUACUCGGACGGGCAGACUGCAGCGGUAGACUCGAGAAGAGUGGCGGCAUUCUACGGGCAGUCCAAUCACGACUGGCACAUGGUGAGCCACGACGCUCUCGGCUGCGACGCAUUCACGUUGCAGGGGGGUCAGCUUGCAUUCGGGGCUGGCCGCGCCGCAUUCCAUUUCAAGUGGGAGGGCCCAACCUACUCGCUUGAUUCCGCAUGCGCAUCCUCAACCUCGGCCAUGCACCUCGCAUGUAUGAGCCUUCUCAGCAAAGACGUCGACAUGGCUGUUGUAGGGUCGGCCAACAUCUUGAGUUUCCCGCAUUCAUGGACCUGCCUUAGCAAAUCCGGCGUCCUGUCCAACACGGGGAACUGCAAAACCUAUCGUGAUGAUGCAGAUGGCUACUGUCGAGCCGACUUUGUCGGAACAGUUGUCCUCAAGCGCCUAGAGGACGCUGUUGCGCAAAACGACAACAUCCUUGCAGUGGUGGCAGGCUCGGGCAGAAACCACUCGGGAAAUUCAUCCUCGAUUACGACGUCCGAUGCCGGUGCUCAGGAACGGCUGUUUCGCAAGGUCAUGCAACGUGCCCACGUCUCGCCGCAGGAUAUCUCUGUCAAGGCCAAUGUCGGCCACAGCGAGGCGGCUGCCGGCAUGGCCUCACUGCUGAAAUGUAUCAUGAUGUUCCAGAAAGAUACAAUGCCACCACAGGCUGGAAUGCCGCACACUCUCAAUCCGAACUUUCCGUCUCUUUCUGAACUCAAGAUUGAUAUCCCUUCAGAGUCAAAGGAAUUCAAGUCUGUUAACCAGAAGCCGAGACGUAUUCUUCUCAACAACUUUGACGCAGCGGGUGGGAAUGCAUGCAUGCUGUUGGAAGACUAUGUGGCUGAGGCCAAACAUGGCAUUGACCCUCGAUCCAGUCACGUCAUUGCGACCUCUGCCAGAACUGCGGCCGCACAUCUAGCCAACAAGCGUAAUCUUCUCGAAUGGCUACGAGCAAAUGAAACGGUCAACAUCCAAGACGUUGCCUACACGACGACUGCCAGGAGGAUGCACCACCCCAUCCGCUCCGCUUACACUGCAUCGACAACCAAAGAGUUGAUCGGCAAGCUGGAGGCCGACACCUCAAACGCACAGCCAUCCCGCCCGUCACCCAUCGUCUUCGUCUUCACCGGGCAAGGAUCCCACUACGCAGGCAUGGGGAGCGAGCUGUACGCCACCUGUCGCCCAUUCCGCGAGACAGUCGACCUGUGCGCAAGCAUUUGCGAGCAGCACAACUUCCCCGCCUUCCUCGACAUCAUCACCAGCAAAGACGUCGACAUGUCAACCAAGGACACAAUGCAGACCCAACUGGCCGUCGUCACGCUAGAGGUCGGCCUGGCCGCGUUCUGGCAAUCAUGCGGCGUGCAACCAUCGAUGGCCAUGGGCCACUCCCUGGGCGAGUACGCCGCCCUCCACACGGCCGGCGUCCUCUCGCUCGCCGACACGCUCUACCUGGUCGGCCACCGCGCGCGCCUGCUGCUCGAGCGCUGCGAAGCCGGCGUGUGCACCAUGCUCGCCGUCGCCGCCCCGGCCGCCGCCAUCCGCGAGCUCCUGGACGCGCGCCCGCACUCGUCCUGCACGAUCGCUUGCACGAACAGCCCGACUGCCACCGUCGUCAGCGGGAGCGUUGACGACGUUGCUGAGCUGCGGACAGCUGUCACAUCGCCGUCCACGACGCUCGCGGUCCCGUACGGCUUCCACUCGUUCCAGGUCGACCCGAUGCUGGACGACUACAUCGCGCUGGCGGGCGGCGUGACGUACUCCGCGCCCCGGAUCCCCGUCGCGUCGACACUGCUUGCCUCGGUCGUCGACGCGGCCGGCGUGUUCAACGGGCUGUAUCUGGGCCAGCAGACGCGGCAGCCGGUCGAUUUCGUGGGCGCGCUGAACGCCGUCAAGGAGAAGCUGGCCGCCGACCCCGUGUGGCUUGAGAUCGGCCCCAGCCCCGUCUGCAGUUCGUUCGUGCGGAAGACGCUGGCCCCGUCUCCGGGCAAGAUCAUGUCCAGCCUGGAGAAGGACGCUGAUGCCUGGGUCUCCGUGUCCAAGUGUCUCGCCGGCGCCUACACGAACGGCAUCGCCGUCGACUGGCUCGCGCUGCACGCCCCGUUCGAAGACGGGUUGACGCUGCUGACGCUGCCGUCGUACGCGUGGGAUCUGAAGGACUUCUGGAUCACCUACACCGAAGCGAACAAGCGAGAGGCGGCGGCCCUCGCUCCCGCUCCCGCUGCAACCGAGCCGGAGAUUUCGACGUGUGCGCAGUACCCUGUCCACAAAUCGCUGUCUCCGAAGCUCGAGGUCACUCUGCGGGCUUCGGUCGGCAGUCCGGGGUUCAAGGCGCUCUUCGACGGCCAUCGCAUCCGCGGAGUGUCGGUUGCCCCGGGCAGCGUCUUCUGCGAAGCGGGCGUGGCGGCCGUCAAGUACGCGCUACAGUACGGCCAAAGCCCGCAUGCAGCGAACACGGGGCUGGCGAUCAGAGAUGUGGCGCUGAAGCGGCCGCUGACGAGGGGCCUCGUUGGUGCGGAAGGGGAACUGCGCACGACGGCCGUUGCCGCCGAGAACGCGUCUGGCAACAGCGUUCGAGUUUCGUGGCAGGCUUCGUCGCAGAAGUCUUCGUAUGACCUCGGUGGCUGCGUCGUGGCCGUGGUCGAUGCGGACAAGCUCAAGGCGGGCUGGGACCGCAUCUCGUAUUUCGCGAAGGCCAGGAUGGACGAGCUGAUCAUGACCGUCAAGAAUGGGCACGGACACAGGAUGCUCCCGGGGAUCUUCUACGCCCUCUUCUCCAACACAGUCGAGUACGACCCGGCCUUCAAGUGCGUCAAGGAAGUGUUCGUAUCCGGUAAUUUCGAGGAAGCCGCCGCUGAGGUCGUGCUUCGCGACCACCCACAAGAGACCAGGUUCGUCGGAUCGCCGUACUGGGGCGAGAGCCUGGUGCAUCUGGCGGGCUUCGUGGUCAACGCGAACCCUGAUCGACCUACCGCGAACACUACUUUCAUGAUGGACAGCUUUGACAGCUUCGAGCAGACUGUCGAUCUGGAACCAGGCAAGCCGUACUUCACAUACGCCCGUGUCUCGCAACGAGACGAAAGCUCCGCAAGCUGCGAUGUGUACGUCUUUGAUGAGGAAAGGCUGGUGAUUCAAUGUUCUGGCCUCCGUUUCCAUGAAGUCAGCAACGAUGUCUUGGACCGACUCCUGGGAAACUCAGCAACCAGUUCGCGGGUCCAGGGCAAGACUGCUGCGGAUGGAACGCCAGGCACACGUCAGCAUAUGCCGCCUGAGCCGAAAGCCAGCUCAAACAUCCAUUCUGAUGCCCCGAAGGAGAAGAUUGAUGAGACUUCGGCGUCGAUGGGCGAAGAGAACGUUGGUUCCAACACUGAAAUUUUUCAAAUCAUUCUCGAGAGCAUUUCGAAGGGCACUGGAACGGAAAUUGCUGAUUUGACUGAUGAUACGGUACUGGUCGAACUAGGCGUCGACUCUAUAAUGGGAAUCGAAAUAGCGUCCCGAAUCAACACCAGCGCAGGCCUGGAUAUACUUCCAUCCUUCCUCGUUCAAUAUCCCACCAUCGGCGAGCUCCGCAACGCAUUCGCGCGACCAUCCACACCCACACCCCAGCCCAACCACGACUCCGACUUCUCGAUGGUCGAAAACACUCCCGCAUCCACCACCGGCACCAGCACGCCCCCCACCGACCACACCCCCGCCUCCCACCACAACACCACCAAACCUCCUCACCCCGCCCCCGCCUCCGAGUCCUCCUCCGACGACCUCGUCCUCAUCUCCCCACCCCCGGAGCCCGCCUCCUCCUCCCCCUCCCCCUCUCCCUCCUCCCCACCCCCCACCGCCCGCGUCACCCUCCUCCAAGGCCGCCCCUCGCCGGGCAAGCAACCCUUCUACCUCAUCGCCGACGGCACCGGCAGCAUCGCCACCUACAUCCACCUGCCGCCCUUCUCUUCCAACACCCCCAUCUACGGCAUCGACUCGCCCUACCUCCGCUGCCCGGACCGUCUGGACCCGACCGCCGUCGGCAUCCCCGGCCUCGCCGCGCCCAUCGCCGCCGCGCUGCUGGCGUUCCAGCCGGCGGGCCCGCUCGCCAUCGGCGGCUUCUCCGGCGGCGCGAUGGUCGCGUACGAGGUGUGUCGGCAAGUCGCCGCGGCGGGGCGGCGGGUCGAGAGGUUGUUGUUGAUUGAUAUGUGCUGUCCGCGGCCCAUGUCAGUGUCAGGUAGCCAGGAGGUGGAAGAGGCGGGGUGGAAGGUCUACGAGAGCAUCGCGGCGCGGAGCAGCGGCGGCGGGAUGUGGAGCGUGUCGGCGGCGACGCAGCGGCACCUGCGGGGCGUCUUCGCGUGCGUGGCCGCGUACCACCCGGCGCCUCUCGCGGCGCACGAGCGCCCGGCGCGGACGGCGAUCGUGUGGGCGAAAAAGGGGCUGGUGCGGCGGUGCGAGGGGGAUGGGGAGGUGAUGGGGUUGCUGGCGCGGGUGGGGGUGCCGACGGUGGCGUUUGAGGGGUUCAUGGAGGAUGCGCGGAUGGGCGCGAUUGCGUGGGGGUUGCCGGAUAAGACGGAGAGGGAUUUGGGGCCGAAUGGGUGGGAGAGGUAUGUUGGAGAGGAGCCGCUGUGUUUGGCGGUUGAGGCGGAUCAUUUGGAGAUGCCGAUGCCGGGACAUGUGCAUUUGAUGCAUGGGGCGAUGGAGGAGGCGUUUGCUUAUUUGUCUAAGUAG